AUGUCCGCCGAAUCACCCGCCCGUCCGACGCGUCGGGCAGCGCGCAGAACCAUCGUCGAAGCAGAAUCCGAGGACGAGCUGAGCCAGAUACAAGAGGACAAGGAUGAGGAGUUUACGCCUGCGCCCAAGCGAAGUCCAUGCAAGUCGACGACGAGGAGACAAACGACAAACAGUGUCAGCGCAACACCCAAACGAUCCGCCAGAGCGCGUAAAUUCAAGACAGGGGAGGGUAUAGAACCGACCCAAAUAUUCGACCCAGAGCAGAGCGGUGCACCGAGCGAACCACCUUCUCCCACCAAGACUACAUCCCCUCGAAAACGAAAGAGCACCUCCCCCCGAAAAGGCCGAAGAUCUUCAGUUGUACCCCCAGUGCCUGCCCUGCCUACCCCAGCUGCAUCCGCAUCGCCGGAAUCGGAGCAGACACAAGCAACUCCCUUGAAGGAUAUCACGACCAAGGCACUGAACAAGAAUGCGCCGCCGCAACUGCAGAAUGAUUUCAUCAAGGAGACCCGUCCGACGGACAUGGGUCUGGAAAAGCCGAUGGACAUUGUUAUCCGCGCAAGAUCCCAGGCAGUGCCCACAGUGGACGAACCGAUAGGGUCCAGCUAUGCAGGCAGGCAGGUUGUUGGGCCUUUCCACGCUUCAUUCUCUGCCGUGGUCGGGCCCAAUGGAUCCGGCAAAUCCAAUGUCAUCGAUUCGCUACUUUUCAUGAGACAGGGGAAGAUAUCAGCACUUAUCCACAAUUCCGCACAACAUCAAGAUCUGGACUAUUGCGGCAAACACGAGGUUGUCCUGGACUCGCAGCUUGUGAACAACUCCAGCAAUUACUACCUCAAUGGCAGAACUACAAACUUUACGACUGUGACGACACUGCUUAAAGACAAAGGCAUUGACCUUGAUCACAAGAGAUUUCUGAUCUUGCAAGGAGAACCGAAAGCAGCAAACGAGCACGACGAUGGAACUUCGAAAUACAAGACCCCCAUCGAGGAGGCAGCUGUGGAACUCGAAAGACGCGUGCAGCACGACAAAAAGAAUAAAGCUUUGACUUUCAUCCGCGACGAGAACGAGCUUGCAGAGAAACAAUCAGCACUGUAUCAGAUCUAUACUGCCGAGUGUGAAGAUAACACGAAGCAGAUUCAAGAGCAACUCAAUGCUGAGCUCGAAAAGCAUGCCGGAAGCGAAGACACCAUCAAGGAACUGGAAAAGGCGUACAAUAAAGCCCUUAAACAGUACGAGCGGAUCGAAAAGCAGGCGCAGGAGUUUACCAAGGAGCUCGCCAAAUAUGACAAGGAGAACUUCAUCAACGGGAAGCAGAAAAAGGCGGAAAAGCAGGCAACCUCAAGCAGACUCACGGCCUCUGAGGCACAGAGUCUGGUGGAGAAGCAUACCAGCGACAUUGAGAAGAAAAGCGCUGAAAUGAAGAAAGAGGAGCAGGAGCUUGGGGGCCUAUCAGAUCAAAUCGCAGCCAAGCAAAAGUCGUUAGAGCCAUGGAAUGCGAAGAUCAAUCAGAAGCAGUCUGAGAUUGCGGUGGCCCAAUCUGAGCUUGAUAUCCUGAAAGAAAAAGCGAGCACAAACGCGAAAAUUGAGAGCAUCGAGAUCAGUAGGUCGGAAAAGCUCGAGGAAAUCGAACGACACAAGCACGACAAGGCGCGGCUAGAGAAGGAUAAGCUUGCGGCGACGCGACAAAAAGCCGACGAAGCACGCGCCAGCCUUGCGAGUAGCCAAAACCAAGGCAACUCUGGCAGGAUCGAUGGCUUUCAUGGACGCCUUGGCAACCUUGGAACAAUUGACGAGAAGUUUGACGUUGCCAUAUCGACUGCUUGCCCCGUCGAGAACAAUCUCGGCCGAGCCAAUUUCAUCCUCCUCGACAAGCUUGCUCAGAGAGACCUCUCGCCUAUUCAAACACCUGAAAAUCCAAAAGACACGCGAUUUGCUCCUGCCUUCUACAGUAUCAUGCAGAACACCCUCGUCGCACAGAACCUCGAACAAGCAAACCGCAUUGCCUACGGUGCGAAGAGAUGGCGCGUUGUUACACUUGACGGACAAUUGAUUGAUGUCUCUGGUACUAUGAGUGGUGGUGGUACCAGAGUGGCGCGAGGCGCCAUGUCAUCCAAACUGACCUCUGACACGACGAAAGAACAAGUGCAGAAGCUGGAGGGCGAACGAGACCAGCUGGAAACGCAACAGAGAGAGCUUGAAGCUAGCUUGCGGGAAAAGCAAGAAGAGAUCCCAAGGCAAGAAACAGUGAUUCAGAAGAUCAACCUAGAGAAACGGGUUCAGGACCUCACAGCAGAACUCGCAAGCACUGCCUCGGACGACUCUCAGAUCAAGAGCCUGGAAAAGCAAAUUUCCUUGAUGAAUAAAGAACUUGAGAAGCUGCAUUCUGAGACUGCCACUGUGGAAGCAGAGAUCCAAGCUUUACAAGACAAGAUCAUGGAAAAAGCAAGGGUCGACGGACUGAAAGAAAGAAUUGACAUGCUCAACGACGACAUCUCCAAUGCUGAACUCAGAGCCAAGAAUGAAAAGGCAAAAGAUGAUGCCGAGAAGGAGCUCGACUCCCUCCUGAAGGACCUGGAAAAGCUGGAUAACGACACAGAGAAGCACAAGACUGCCGCAGCUGAGUCCCGCGAUGAGCAGAAGGAUCUUGAUGCCCAGACAUCGGAAUUGAACUCUACCAGAGCUCACGAGAUUGAGAUGAAGAACAAACUUGAGGAGAAUCAGAAGAAGAGUCGCUACUGGGUCGAGAAGCUUUCUAAAUUGUCAUUGCAUGAUAUUGCCGACCUUGAAGAGCGGCCAGAGAACCCGGGCACACCUGAUAAUGAACAGGAAAUGCCAGACGCGCCACCAGAGGCUGAUCCCGAUGCUAUGGACGUUGAUGAACAGGACGAGCCCGAGGAGCAGCACGAGCCGAAGCAGGAGCCGGAAGUGGAACAGAGCCAAGGGCGAAGACAGCUGCAAACAUUUACUCGCGAUGAAUUGGCCGACAUGUCCAAAGACCAUCUCGUCGCUUCCAUCGCGGCACUCGAAGAGAAAGUCUCGACAGCUUCUGGCAUCGACUUGUCUGUCAUCUCGGAGUACCGUCGACGUUGCGAAGAGGUGGCUUCGAGAACGACAGAUCUCAAGAGCGCUGUGAAGACCCGCGACACCGCUAAGGCUCGCCUUACAGAUCUCCGCAAUCUCCGUCUCACGCAGUUCAUGACAGGCUUCACGACCAUCUCUUCGCACCUGAAGUCAAUGUACCAGUUGAUCACACUGGGUGGUAAUGCGGAACUCGAGCUCGUCGACAGUCUCGACCCUUUCUCAGAGGGGAUUUUGUUCAGUGUCAUGCCACCGAAGAAGAGCUGGAAGAAUAUUGGUAACUUGUCUGGUGGAGAAAAGACGCUGAGCUCUCUUGCACUGGUUUUUGCACUGCAUGUCUUUCGGCCGACGCCACUUUAUGUCAUGGACGAGAUUGACGCUGCGCUGGAUUUCAGAAAUGUGUCGAUUGUGGCUGGCUACAUCAAGGAGCGCACCAAGAAUGCGCAGUUUAUUGUGAUUUCGCUGCGGAAUAACAUGUUCGAGCUUGCCGAGCGGCUUGUAGGAAUCUACAAGGUCAAUCAUAUGACCAAGAGUGUCACGGUGGAGAAUCGAGAUUAUCUUGCCAUGGGUCGACAACGGGAAUUACAGCAGCAACGACAAGGGCAGGUCGGUCAAGGUACGCAGCAAAGUCAAGGCCAGAUUCGGUAG